UAAAUUGACUCAACCCUGCAUGAUUGACUCAUUUUCCUUUCAAAAAAGCAGAAAUAAAGUUGUAAAAAUGUUACUGUAAUAUAAAAAUUGUGCAAAAUUUAUAAAAAAGGACACGUUCCGUGCCCAAAAGCUCACAAGAAAGGAUUUUUUAACCAUGUUCAAAAAUAUGGAAUCGCCAAAGCCAUUCAAAAUGGUUUCUCAAAACAGCAUUUUAUUAAGUUAUAACAACAAUAUCCAAAUUACAAAUGGAAACACUCCAAUUGCCUCAAGAUUUAUAUUGGGGGACGAAGACCGAGCCCCUGUCGCCGGCCAACGACGACCAAUUAUUUCCAUCACUAUUUAGUCCAAAAAUUGAAAGUGAUGAUGCAGAAGAUGUAGAAGUUGAUGCUCAAACCGACGCUUUAAUAGCCUCUGUUUUAAUGGAGGACGAAAUUUUACUUCACUUAGAAAUAUGUGAUGAUGAUGAAAGCGAGUGGGAUUGCAUUCAAGGUGCAAAUUAUCUGACACCAAUUUUACCAAUAACCUCAAUAAACCAUUUAAAAGAUAGCACCAGUGAAUUGAAAAGAUAUUCUGAGAAUGUUGAUAUCAUACAAUUAUCACAGCAAACGUUUUCUCCUGAAAAUUUUAAUUUCCCAAUUACCCCGUACCCUUAUGCGCAACAAUUGCAACCACAACAGACAACACAACAGGAACAAAUACAACAACAAGAGGAGCCACAAAAAAUUGAUUAUGAAAACUUUCUAUGUGAUUUUAAUUCAACAGCUUAUGAAAAACCAAAAGAAGAAUGUCUUAGCUCUCCAACACCAUCAUCACCAUCAUCAUCAGCUUAUGAAGAAUCAUCUGAAUCAGAGAGAGGUGACGAAAUUGUUGAUGAAAUUUUACGUAUACAUACGAAAAACUUACCUGAUUUCAAUGAUGAUAAUGAUUCACAAUAUUCUUCAUCAUCAUUUUCAUCAGCUUCUGAUGAUUCAUAUAAAAUCAAUUCUGUGAACUCAAUGUCACCAAUAAGUAACCAUGAUUGGCCUCUACUUUCCACAUCCGAUGAAUAUUCAAGUCAAGAGAAUCUCCAAAAAAUCAAUGACAAAACUAAUGAUUUCAAUGGAGGACAAACAAUAAAGAAACGUUCUCGUCUAUAUGUUCGUAAUGUUGAUGAGAAAAAAUCACGCAAAAAGGAACAAAAUAAAAAUGCAGCUACACGUUAUCGUCAAAAAAAGAAAAUGGAAAUGAAAUUAGAUUUAGAUGAAGAACGUGGACUUUUAGAUAAAAAUAAUGGUUUGAGAAAAACUUUUGAAGAAUAUCAACGUGAAGUCAAAUAUUUAAAAAAAUUAAUAAAAGAAUUUUAUAAAAACGAUAAAAAAUAAAUAUUUGAGCAACAACUAACAAAACUAAAUAAAAUAUCAUACGUUCAUACAUACAUAUAUAUAAUCAAAGUUAUACAUCUAUAAUGCAAUAAGAAAAAGAAUAAAGGCAAUUUAAUUUUUCUUUCAAAUUUAACAUUAUAAAACAUUUUAAAAAUGUAUUUUAUAUGUUAGCUAGCAUUGAUGUAACAGAAAUCAUGUAGCGUUUAUGACAAAACCUUUUGAAUGUUUUUGAAAAUUUUAGCUCUUGUACUUUUUGUUAUUUUCAUUGCAGCCUUUAAACCCAUUAAAAAAAAAAAAUAAUAAUGUACACUUCCAAAAGAAAAAUUAUUAAUUAUGAAAAAACAAAAUAUCAAAAUUUUAUUUAAUUUCGGAAAUAUACUUUUGUGUACAAUGGGUUAUAAACAAAAAUUAGUGUUUUAUUUAUAUUUUAAGUUCUUUUAUAUUUUUAAAUAAAUUUUUUUUAGAUAAA